CUCUCUCAUCUUCCUUCCCUCUCUUUCUAAAAUUUUCUAUCAUGUUCAGCUCAUAAUCCAUUGGGAAAUUCGAAACAAGUUUGACUAUCCUUUGAUUUCUCUGUUUUGAAUACGUAGUUAAAAAGCAGUCAGUCAGCCUUCAAUACAGCAAUGCCUAGCUAGCUUGUUUCGUCUAGUAUGGAAAUGAACUUUCGACUACUUUUUUGGUUGCCUUCUCUGCAUGCGUAGCUUCCGUUUCUUUGGUUGAUAAUUAGAGAGAACUGCUGAAAAGAGAAGAAACAAAAAAAUCGACAAGGCAAAAAAUUGGUUUAAUUGGUGCCUUUUGGAGGCUUCCAAAAUUGGCAAUCCGGGUAAAGACAUCUUGCAUAUCCCUUCGCCAGAAAGCAAAUUUCCAGUGCUGGGAAUGACACAUUGAUUGUCAUUACAGUUACUUGGUUGAGCUGUACCAUUUUAGAAACUCAAUACAAACAAUGGCUUCCUCAUUGAAUUCUGUACUGGGAAAGUUGGAAAUAGUAUCCACUUCGGAUCAUGCUUCGGUUGUGUCCAUGAGUUUAUUCGUGGCUCUGCUCUGCGCUUGCAUUGUAAUCGGUCAUCUGCUCGAGGAGAGCCGGUGGAUGAAUGAGUCCAUCGUUGCCCUUUUGAUUGGUCUGUGCACCGGAUUCGUAAUUUUGCUUUCAAGUAGAUGGAAAAGCUCUCGAAUCCUUGUCUUCAGUGAAGAUCUUUUCUUUAUAUAUCUUCUUCCACCUAUUAUAUUCAAUGCCGGGUUUCAGGUGAAAAAGAAGCAAUUUUUCCGUAACUUCAUCACCAUUGUGAUGUUCGGUGCUGUUGGUACACUGAUUUCCUGGGCCGUCAUAUCAUUAGGUGUCAAACAGAUUUUUGGAAAAAUGGACAUUGGCUUCCAGGAUGUUGGGGAUUAUUUUGCCAUCGGAGCAAUAUUUUCUGCAACAGAUUCAGUUUGCACAUUACAGGUGCUUAAUCAGGAUGAGACACCUCUUCUUUACAGUCUGGUAUUUGGGGAAGGCGUCGUGAAUGAUGCUACAUCAGUUGUGCUUUUCAAUGCAAUCGAAAGCUUUGACGUUACAAAUGUCAAUCCCACGAUUGCCCUCCAUUUUAUGGGCAACUUCUUUCAUUUAUUUUUUACGAGCACUAUGCUGGGAGUACUUACUGGGCUGCUUAGUGCCUACAUCAUCAAAAAGCUGUAUAUUGGCAGGCACUCAACAGAUCGCGAGGUCGCUCUUAUGAUGCUUAUGGCCUACCUUUCGUAUAUGAUAGCUGAACUGUUCUAUUUAAGUGGCAUUCUAACGGUAUUUUUCUGUGGGAUCGUGAUGUCCCAUUACACAUGGCACAAUGUGACAGAGAGUUCGAGGAUCACCACAAAGCAUGCUUUUGCGACAUUGUCAUUUGUUGCUGAGAUUUUUAUAUUUCUCUACGUUGGUAUGGAUGCUCUGGACAUUGAAAAAUGGAAGUUAAUGAGUGAUAGGCCUGGAACAUCAGUUGCAGUGAGUUCAAUACUGCUCGGCCUAAUUUUAGUUGGAAGGGCAGCUUUUGUUUUCCCCUUAUCCUUCUUAUCUAACUUAUCCAAGAAAACUCAAAAUGAAAAAAUCGGCUUCAAGCAGCAAGUCACGAUAUGGUGGGCUGGUCUUAUGAGAGGUGCUGUGUCUAUGGCACUUGCUUAUAAUAAGUUCACUAGCUCAGGACAUACUCACUUGCAAGGACAUGCAGUGAUGAUCACCAGCACAAUUACUGUUGUUCUUUUUAGCACAGUGGUUUUUGGUUUAUUGACGAAACCACUUGUAAGGCUGUUGCUUCCAAAGCAGUCAGGCAGCACUUUAUCAUCGGAGCCCGGAACUCCGAAGUCGCCAUUUACCAUGCCUCUUCUCGAAGGUGGAGAAGAUAGGCAUACUAAUGAAGAUGUGGGUGGCGAUAAAAUCCCCCGCCCAAGUAGCCUUCGAUUACUUUUGACCACCCCAACUCACACUGUGCAUCGCCUUUGGCGUAAGUUUGACGAUACCUUCAUGCGACCUGUGUUUGGCGGCCGGGGUUUUGUUCCCCAGGUUCCCAGUUCACCACCAGAACAACAGUUUGUCAACUAAGAGGAAUCAACGAUAGGGGAUACAGAAAAGAGCUCUUAGCAAUGUACAACUUUGUGAUUAAAAGGGCAUCGUGUGAUAUUUUGCCCAUUUAUUAGAUUUUUCUCUGUAUAGUAAUUGUAUAUCUGAUUUCACUGACCAGCAGUGUUCGCUGCUGCUUUUCAUUGAAGAAUUGGAUAUUUUCUCA